CGACCAAAAGAAAGCCUUCUUGCCGGGAGCCCUGCCUCCCUGCUGUGGCCGCCUGUGCAAGCAGCGCGGCUGUCUCCUCCCAUCCUGCCGCCGCCGCCCAGGGGAAGACGGAGCUGCCCCGCAUGGCCCCUUUGCCUCCGAGUCCCCGGGCAGCCUCCCAGCUGGGGAGAGGAGCGCAGCCCUCCUGGACUAGGGCAUGUCAGAGCUGUCAGCAGGCCCCGGCUUUCCCGCUUGCGUGGUGUGCUGAGUAUUUGCAGGGAGAAGCCCUGGGAAAGGUGCCGCAGCAGGAGAGAGAAGCUGGGAUCUGAUGGCACAGUAACAACAAAACCAAAUAGCAGCGGUAUGCCUGGAUCAGCUGCAGCUACCCGGCAAGAGAGACUGAAGAAGACCAGUGCAAGGCCGAUGCCCCUUGGCUUAUUCACCAUUAAUGAGGAGGACGAACAGCAGAGGAAUGGAAAUGCCAGAAGAACGAAAGCGCCUGACAGCUACAAAGUGCAAGAUAAGAAAAGUACAGGCUCCAACCGCCCCUCUUCUGCUAUUUCAGGACAAAAUGGCAACCACUCAGGAAAUAAACCAGACCCUGCGCCUGUGCUGCGGGUUGACGACCGACAGCGGCUGGCCCGGGAGCGCCGCGAGGAGCGCGAGAAGCAGCUAGCCGCGAGGGAGACCGUCUGGCUGGAGAGAGAGGAGCGCGCCCGGCAGCACUACGAGAAGCACCUGGAGGAGCGGAGGAGGAAGCUGGAGGAGCAGCGGCUGCGGGAGGAGCGCCGGCGGGCGGCCGUGGAGGAGAAGCGGAGGCAGAGGCUCGAGGAGGACAAAGAACGCCACGAAGCUGUGGUUCGGCGUACGAUGGAAAGGGGCCAGAAGCCAAGGCAGAAGCAGAACCGGUGGUCCUGGGGAGGCCCUCUCCAUGGGAGCCCCAGCCUCCGCGGCCCAGAUCCAGACAGGCGCUCAGUUUCCACCAUGAAUCUUUCGAAACAUGUCGAUCCCGUCAUUAGCAAGCGGCUCUCCUCUUCAUCUGCAACUUUACUAAAUUCUCCAGAUAGAGCUCGCCGCCUGCAGCUCAGCCCCUGGGAGAGCAGCGUCGUUCACAGACUCCUGACGCCCACACACUCCUUCCUGGCCAGAAGUAAAAGCACAGCCGCGCUGUCUGGAGACGCAGUUAUCCCCAUUUGUCCUCGUUCAGCAUCUUGCAGCCCCAUCAACAUCAUGCCCUACAAAGCUGCACACUCUAGAAACCCCCUGGAGCGACCCCGACUCUUUGCGACCGCCCCUGAGGGCUCUGCACGCAGGAGGAACAACCCUGGCACGGCGGGUUAUAAGAGAGAGAGGGAGAAUGUCCCCUUCCACCUCACGUCGGGCAUCAGAAGGGCUCCAUCUCCAGCUCAUCCCAAAGCAAGGGCCCCAGGCUCCUCCCGGCUUUGGCUGCCGUCCAAGUCCUUUCCUCACCUGCCCGGCACGCCCAGACCAGUCUCCUCCCCGACCCCCAGCUCGGCCAAGGCCGCCCCUGCACGGGGCCAGCCCCCGUCCCCCGGCAACAUCCGCCCAGUCAAGAGAGAAGCCAGAGGGGAGCCUGAGAAGAAAGACCUGGAGAAGGGACCUGAGGGGGUGGCUGGUGAGCCCACCCUCAAGGGCAGAGCUCCUCUAGGGAGGGUGGAAGAAGCUUCUGCUGAGGAGGGGACACCGCUGGAACCAGAGGCCGCCCUGGCUUCUCCGGCCACAGCCCCCACCCCGCCACCCGCUGUGGCGCCCGGCCCUUCUCCCAAGACAUCCGCGGGCACCACCGACCCGGAGGAGGCCACGCGGCUGCUGGCUGAGAAGAGACGGCUGGCUCGGGAGCAGCGGGAGAAGGAGGAGCGGGAGCGGGAGGAGCUGGAGAGACAAAAGAAAGAGGAGCUGGCUCGAAGGGCGGCGGAGGAGAGGAGCCGCCGGGAGGAAGAGGCCCAGCGGCUGGAAGCCGAGCAGGCCAGGGAGCAGGAGGAGCAGCUGCGGCGGCUGGCGGAGACCGGGGCCCGGCGCGAGCGGGAGGAGGCGGAGCGCGCCCGCAAGCAGAAAGAAGAAGAAGCUCGUGUCCGGGAAGAAGCGGAGAGGGCCCGGCAGGAACGAGAGAAGCAUUUCCAGAAGGAGGAGCAGGAGCGCCUGGAGAGGAAGAAGCGACUUGAAGAGAUCAUGAAAAGAACCAGGAGAACAGAAGCUGCAGAGAAGAAAACUGUUGACCAGAGAAAUGGAGAUGUAGCUAAAGGAACCCUCACCGAAGAAACAGCGGUAUCUGCCCUUCCGUGCUCGACAGACUCUCCAGGAAAGGGAGAACCAGCGUCCAGCCCACUUGGGCUCACCUCACAACAAUCCACAGUGGCCAUGGAGAGCAUGCUUAAUUUGGAAAAACAGCCAAAUGAAAACGGAGUGUCUAUUCAGAAUGAAAAUUUUGAAGAAAUUAUAAAUUUACCCAUUGGCUCUAAACCAUCCAGAUUAGAUGUCACCACCGAGAACCCCGAAAUUCCUUUGAAUCCAAUUUUGGCCUUUGAUGAUGACGGGACCCUUGGGCCCCUGCCUCAGGUAGAUGGUGUUCAAACACAGCAGACAGCAGAAGUUAUAUGAGCAUUUCUUCUGAAGAACCAAAGCUGAGAUUUAAUAAGAAUUUCUACGAAUAAUGGAAAUCCUUCUAUGCUAUAAAGGAGCAUCCCCCCCUCCAGUUUUCUAAAGAUUUCUUGAACAUGAUUUUGAAAAGACUUUAUUAAAACCAGCUAAAGACAA